GACGAUGACCGACGACGACGAGAGAGGAAGCAUCGGGAAAGUUCGCGGGCCAAAGAUGGGAAAGAUGGCAAAGGCACCAGAGACCCACGAACGGGUCGCAUGAGGAAGCCGGGUGGUUUUGAUACGAUCGACAACCUGGAUGUCACAGGAAUCUACGGCUCCGGACUGUUCCAUCAUGACGGUCCCUUCGACGCCUGCAACCCGCACCGCAACCGCCGCCGCGACCACAAGGCCCCCAUGGAAGCCUUCCCCGUCAACAGCGCCAAUAACGUUCUCGGCCCCUCCGGCCCCGUCAACAAAACCUUCAACAUGGACCAAUUCCACGGCACCGUCCCCGAAGGCUUCACCGACUACAACAACACCCAGCGCCCUCACAAGGCCCAGCGCGGCGGCGUCUUCAACCCUGUCGAGCGCGCCGAGCAAGUCCACGGCGAAGAGACCUUCGGCCUCGGCACCUCCACCUUCCUCGAAGGCGCUCCGGCCUCCCGCGCCGCCAUACAGCGCCGUGAGUCCGAAGCCGAGGAGAAAGCCCGCCUCGCCGCCCUCGACCCCGCCGGCGGCCUCGGCCGCAAGAAAUCCUUGGCCCAGCGCAUCCGCGGGAUCAGCGCCCCGCGCCGCUCCGUGUACGAUGCUAACGGCGUGAAGAUCAGCAGCCCCGAGGCGCGGUUCUCGGCGGCGGUGACGUCGCCGAUGGGGCAGACGCCUGGAUCGGGGCCCGAGCGGUCGAAGACGACGGGCGGGAUGAAGACAUCGGAGAAGAAUCCGUUCUUCAACGAGUACGACGAUGCGUACGAGCGGAAGGGGGCGGCGAUCGCGCUGGCGAGGGGGAGCGGCGAGGAGCCGCGACGGUCGUCGGUGCCGGCGGUACCGGCGGUGCCAAAACUGAUCCCGGUGCAGGAUGAGAUUAGCGUGGUGAAGCCGGGGGGCGAGAAGGUGGCGAGCCCAACGAAGGUGACGGCGAAUCCGCUGGAGCGGCGGACGACGACGGAUGGGGUGGGAGCGGAGCCGGAGAAGGAGAAGGAGAGUGUGGAGGCGGUGCAGAAGGCUCGGGAGGGGUUGAUGAGUCGGAUGAAGAGUUUGAAGGGAGUGAGGAGGAAGCCGUGA